AUGCCCAUACACCAGCACACCACAUCCAGCAGAAACGUGUCAUCAACAACACAAUCCAGCACCGAACAUACUCCCGAUACGGAACUACCUCUAUAUACACCAUCCAAACACGACAUACUAGCACUCUAUCGAAGCCUGCUACGAACUGCUCGCCAAUAUAAGAGCUAUAAUAUAAGUAAUUACAUUCGCAUACGCUCAAAGGAGGCCUUCCAUUCAAAUGCCUCUGAAGCAGAUCAAAACAAGAUAGCAUCGCUAUAUGCUAAUGGAAUAAAGGAACUGGAGAUUGCUAAACGACAGGCUUAUAUACAGAAUGUCUUUUCUCUAGGUCCUCUUGUCGUGGAAAUGGAUCAGAAGGAGAGAAGGCGUUAA